UGGGCGGAGCUGCGAGGCACUCUCCCAGCCACGUGACUGGAGCCAACAUGGCGGCGCCCAUCGGCGUCCACCUGCUCGUCCGUGGAGGUUGUCAGAGAAUUCUGUCUUCGCCACUCAAUCAUAUCUGCUUACACAAGCGGUCAGGCAGUCAACAAAGAAGACAUUUCUUUUUCUGGAGACAAAGGGAUAUCUCCCACCGUGUGGUUUUGCCGGCUGCAGUCUCUCCCGCACAUCCCGUCCCCAAGCACAUAAAGAAGCCAGACUAUGUGACGACAGGCAUUGUGCCCGACUGGGGAGACAGCAUAGAAGUUAAGAAUGAAGAUCAGAUUCAAGGACUACGUGAGGCUUGUCGGCUGGCGCGGCACGUCCUCCUCCUGGCUGGGAAGAGUUUAAAGGUUGACAUGACAACUGAAGAGAUAGACGCACUGGUUCAUCGGGAAAUCAUCAGGCAUGACGCAUAUCCCUCACCUCUGGGCUAUGGACGCUUUCCAAAAUCUGUUUGCACCUCUGUAAACAACGUGCUCUGUCAUGGCAUUCCUGACAGCCGACCUCUUCAGGAUGGAGAUAUUAUCAACAUUGAUGUCACGGUCUAUUACAAUGGCUACCAUGGAGACACCUCUGAAACCUUUCUGGUGGGCAAUGUGGAUGAAAGUGGUAAGAAGUUAGUGGAGGUUGCCAGGAGGUGUAGAGAUGAAGCGAUUGCAGCUUGCAGAGCUGGGGCCCCCUUCUCUGUAAUUGGAAACACAAUCAGCCGCAUAACUCGUCAGAGUGGUUUCCAAGUCUGCCCACAUUUUGUGGGACACGGGAUAGGAUCGUACUUUCAUGGACACCCAGAAAUCUGGCAUCAUGCUAAUGACAGUGACCUGCCUAUGGAGGAGGGCAUGGCUUUCACUAUAGAGCCAAUCAUCACUGAAGGUUCCCCAGAAUUUAAAGUCCUUGAGGACGAGUGGACUGUGGUCUCACUAGACAACCAAAGGUCUGCCCAGUUCGAGCACUCAGUCCUCAUCACUCCAACAGGCGUGGAGAUACUGACCAAACUGCCACAAGAAGCCUGAAAAUCAGCCAGAAGGCCACUGAGACCCAGCGCCUUUUUUCUUAAAGAGACUUUCACGGACUGAGGAGCCAACCCCAGGCCACAUAGAAGUCUGCAGUGUCUAGGAGAAAAUGCAGCAAGGAUAGGCUUUGGAGACUCAGGUCCGACAGGACAGCCCUUGCAGCCAGAAAAACAAACCUCCCUUUCUGAGCAGGUGCUUUGCCCUUUCCCUGUCCAUAUUUUGCCUAAGUUAAAAACAAAAAACUCUCAAACCUAUUGUAUCCAGUCUUUACACGUGACAGCUACAGAGGGGGAGGGGCAGGUGAUUAGUUUUAGAAUCUCCAAACUUUAACAUGCAUACAUGCAGAAAAAAAACAAACAAAUAAACAAACAAACCCAGAACCUUUAGCUCAAAAUCUGUUUUAAUCUGGUUCAUCUCCUGUGAAUCUUAAAAUUGCUGGGCUGAGGGCACUCCCAGAGGCAAGCACCUGCUUCCACCCCAAUUUCCUCUUCAUUGAGGUUUGCCCCAGAGAGGAUGAGCCAGGAAGCAUUGCCUACAAACAUUUUCUUGGCUGUGAACCAUAGGUUUAUGCUUUCUGAAGCAGUGAGCAUUUCUGAAGAUGUGAGCAGUCCUGAAACCCCUGAGGCUCUUCACCACCACCAACCAGCCAUGCUUGAUGCCCCUCCCAGCCUGAGACACUCCCCUCCCACCCCCCACCCCCCACACACUAGAUCAUUUGUUGUACUAAAAUUUUAAGCUGCAACCCCAUUCUUUAGAUGUGUGUCUCUUGAGUUGAGAGCCCAGCUAGGUCCUUAAACUGUCCUCCCCUGACUGCUGUCCUAGAACAGGCAUUCCCCUUCUCCCGGAGCUAUACAAAUCAGGUAUUCCUGAGAUGUCACAGGAUCUCCCGAGAGAGGAGACACCAGACACAUUUGAGAUAAGGUUCUAGUUGGCCUCAUCUGGAGCUCUCAGCUUUAACUAUGCAUUAACUUGCCUGCAGGGCCUACCUGCUUGAGGAGCAGAAAUCCAUUCCUGCCCAAAGCACUCUGCUUUCCCUUGUUGUCAGGGAUCUUCAGGGUGGGCUAGGCUGGGCCUCACAGGAAGCCAGUCCUCACAGGAAGCCAGUCCCCUCUGGGCAUGACUAGAGAGAUCCAGAACAUCAGCAGCUCUGUGAACUCUGUUUUGUGUUCAUGCAGAUGGCAAAGUGGCCAUAUCCUUAAUACAGCUUGGGUCGUCUGGGGAGCCACGGACAUUGUACAUUUGCCAGGAUUGAUAGCACAGAGGCAUUUACAGGGAGUUAGCCGGACACCCAGAGCCAUGGAGGAGGAGGUGGGAAGCUGAGGACAAGUACUGUGGAAAGUGGUACAUUUCAGCUCUUCUCUACACUUGGGGAUUGCUCUGUGUUCCCCAACCCUCCAGAUCAGUAUUUCUACAUCUAGAGAUGUAAAGUGUUGUUUGUGGAGGCAAUUCUAAACCUAGUUUGUCUGAGGGUAAGAAGGAAUGGGGAUUUUCUUUUAAGAACAACUGGUAAACUUUUGAGGUGUUCUGGAAUUUGCCAGGACUCUGGUCAAGAGGCUGAAGCUGUGACCAUGGAGCAUCCAUAGUCCUGAGAGAGGAACAGGGCCAGCUGCCUUAGAAGAUACCUGCCAGAGAAUGGCUUCACUUCUUUCCUGGAGCAAUCAGAUUAGCAUGUGGUGUCUUUAUCUGCAGAUCAGUUUACUCUUAGGUCCCCCUAAGGAUAGUUUUAUUAGGACCACAGGAUUUUACCAACCACUGGGACAAUUAUUGCAGGUGGAGGUAUUUAUGGGGAAAGUAUGUAAUCUGAUUUAGUAAUCUAGCCUGUGCUGCUAAACUCAGCAGCUCUGUAGGAAACAAAUCUGAAUUAAAGGAAUUCUGUGUAACGUUCUUUGAA